AUGACUGACGACUCAAAGUAUAGAAUUCAUUUUGAUGAAUUAGAAAAGUUUAUAAAAGAUGUGUUAAUGGCUAAAGGAGUUGAAGAACCAGAUGCAGCAAGAUGUGCUAAAGUUCUUAUUCAAGCUGAUAAACAAGGAAUGGAUACUCAUGGUAUUCAAAGAUUAAAGACUAUUUAUUGUGAUAGAAUUGAUUGUGGACAAUUAAAUACUAAAACUGUUUUUGAUAUUGUUAAAGAAACGGAAACUACAGCUGUAGUUGAUGGACACAAUGGUAUGGGACAUUCUAUUGCUAUGCAAGCUAUGCAAUUAGCUAUUGAUAAAGCUAAAAAACAUGGAAUGGGUAUGGUAGUUGUUAGAAAUGGUACUCAUUAUGGUAUUGCUGGUUAUUAUCCACAAAUGGCUGCUCAACAAGGAUGUAUUGGAUUUUCAGGAUGUAAUGCUAGACCAUCAGUUUGUCCAUGUUGGUCUGUAGAACCAAAACUUGGAACUAAUCCACUUGUUUUUGCUUUCCCAAGUGAUGAAGGAUUCCCAUUCUGCCUUGAUUGUGCAACUUCUAUUGUUCAAAGAGGAAAAAUUGAAAUGUAUGCUAGAGAAGGAAAGAAAUGCCAACCAGGAUGGGUUUGUGAUAGAAGUGGUAAAGUUCUUUCUGAACCAGGACCUAUGUUAGAAGCUUUCCAAAAAGGAACUGCUGCUUGUUAUCCACUUGGAGGUUAUGGUGAAGAGAUGGGAGGUCAUAAAGGAUAUGGUUAUGCUUGUGAUGUAGAAAUAUUAUCCUCAGCAUUGUCUGGAGCUAAUUUCCUUUCUCAGUGUGGUGGAUUAAGGGAUGGAAAGAAAGUUCCAAUUGAACUUGGACAAUUCUUUAUGGCUAUUAAUAUUGAAUCAUUUAGACCAUUAGCUGAUUUUGAGAAACAAGUUGGUGAUAUUGCUCGUGAACUUAGAGCUGCUGCUAAAGCUCCAGGUGCUACUAGAAUUUAUACUCCAGGUGAAAAAGAACAUGAAACUUUCUUAGAAAGAAGUAAGAAAGGUGUUUUCAUUCCUGAAGUUACAAGAUCAGAGAUGGAGAAAUUAAGAGCUGAUUGUAAACUCGACACUAAAUUCCCAUGGGAUAACUAA